AUGAACGCAAACGCCCCUUCGUUUAUUCCACAAAAUACGCAAAACAUUUCAUCCGCCGCCGCGUCAAGGAUUCAAAUCACAUCAUCAUCGGGACGUGGCAUCGGACCAAUGCAGACCUCGUACCAUCCUGAACCAAGACGUUCAGGAAGUAAAAAUAACAAUAGUCAAGGAGAUUCAAACGCCCGUAUGAGUGUCAACAAUGGAAAGAGAAACAACAAUCCUUUUCAUCGUAAAAAUUACCGUCAACCACAUCAUCAACGGCGUAAUCAAUCCGAAUUAAGUAUCACAAAUAAUGACAGCCAGCCUUCUUCUUCUUCUUUUACGGAAGAUAAUAAAGAUAAUCGACCUUCUAUGGGAGAUAAUAAAUCUUCUACAAGAGAUAAUGAAACUAGUCAAUCAGAAGAAUUUUCUGUCAUAAAUGUUGUUUCUAAUGUGAACGAUUUAUCUCUUAAUGAUUUAGAUCCAGCACUUUAUGGAGCACCUGCACGGAGAGGUCAAAUAUCCCUUAACCAUCUUUUGAAUUUUUCAUUUCCACCAAGACAACGUUAUGUUGCUAAUACUCCUCGUAGACAAAGAUCAAUAAAUUAUCAACCUUUCAAUAAAGAACGAUUCGUAAAUGCAAAUUUUCGGUUCCUUGUCAAUUCGUUAGGGGAUUACACAGUCUAUCAAUUUGAUCCUGAUCUUUUACUUCAAUGGGAAAAUAUCGAACAAGUGAUCAUUACCACACCUUCAACACCAAGUUGCCCAAUUUGUUUACAACAACCAAUAGCCGCUCGGGUAACAAAGUGUGGUCACACUUUUUGCCUUACCUGCAUUCUUCAUUAUUUAUUUCUUAUUGAUAAUGAAGAAAAGCCUAAUAAAAAAUGGCGUAGAUGUCCAAUUUGUUGGGAUGCCGUUUAUGCUAAAGAUCUUAAAAAUGUUAGAUUUUGGUCUGUAAGGAACAUGAAAAUUGGUGAUGGAGGGAAUUCAACCUUAGCACUUCCUCGUUCUUCUACUUGGCCACCUCGUGACGGAUCCUCUGCCUUUCCUUCUGCACCAUGGUAUUUUUCCCCAGAUGCUCUUGUUUUCUCAAAAAUAACGAUUGCAUCAACAGAUUAUAUGCGAACUGAAUAUCAGAAGGAUUUAAAAGAACUUGAAAGUGCAUAUCACGAUGCUAAAAAUUUGGAUUCAACUGAAGAAAUUCCAUUUAUUGAGAUGGCCAUAGUUAACGUUAAAGAACAUUUAGAGAAACUUCAAAGAUCUUUGACCGUUGACGUUGUUGAAGCCGAAAGACGAGCUCGCGAUUUUGUUAAAUCAUCUGAAAUGAAUUCAAGUACUCUUGAUAGAUCACAAUCAAGCUUUAAAGAUCGACCUCAUAUAGCCAAUAUUCCUCAGAAAAAUGAUCCCAAAUCAAAGAAUAAAUCUGUUCAACAGCAACCAGUUUCUUCGUCUUCUUCGAGCGAAGGAACAUAUCAUUUCUAUCAAUCAGAUGAUGGUCAACAUAUUUAUCUACAUCCUUUAAACAUUCGUAUUUUGAAACAAGAGUUUUUAGCAUAUGAAUUCUUUCCAAAUGAAAUAUCUGUUAAGAUUUCUGGCAUUGAAGAAUCUACGAUUACCGAGGACCUUCGUAAACGAUUCAAAUAUCUUAGCCAUUUACCAUUAAGUUGUGACGUGACAUUUUUAGAAGUUGACCUGAAAAACAUUGUUUCUGAUUCGACUCUGCAAAGCUUUUCAAAAGAACUUUUGCAACGUGACAAGCGUAGAAAAGAAAAAGAAAAAAGAGAAAAACGUGUUCAUGAAAAAUCCAUUAGUAAAGAAAGGCAGAGAAAUUAUCAAGAAGGAUCAAUUGUUGAUUCUGAUCCUUUCUUCUAUCAAGUGAAUUCCAAUGUCAAAGUAGGAAGUAGUAAUUUCUCUAACAAUAAUAAUACAUUGAAUGCAUCGAAUAGUUUGAAUCCUUCAGGUGAUAUAGAAAAUGAAGGAUCAUCCAGUUCAUCGUCUACUUCAUACGAUGGACCAAAGACAGUAUGGGGAACGCCUGCUAUAUCAUUUGCUAGUGUAACCAGUAGAGGAAUGAACAAUGAAAAAAUUGAACAUGAUGAAGGAUGGGAUAAUAUUCCAGAGGAAGAAGUGUAUGUAGAAUAUGCGAUAAAAGUCAAAAAAGUCUAG